AUGGGUACUUCUUACAAUUCUUUCCUCAAUCUUCGAGGCCGCGCCUUGCGCCAAGCUCAAAUCGGCUUCAUUGCUGCGCCAGCGUUCAUUUUAUUUGGCUACAAUCAGGCCGGCGUAGGCCCAUUAGCGACACUGCAGAGCUUCGUUCAUAUCUUCCCCGACGUAGACACUGUCAACACGACCGGAUCACUCAAGUCUCACGACUCAACCAGCAAAGGAGCUGUGAUAGCUUCUUUCCAGAUCGGCGCCUUGAUAGGCUCUCUGUCUUGUCUCUUUCUCGGAGAUCAGCUCGGUCGACGAAAAACAAUAUUCCUGGCUGCCGUUCUUACGAUAAUUGGUCAGAUUCUCCAGGUAGCGGCUUAUCACUUGGUUCAGUUCGUUGUCGGCCGUAUUAUACUUGGAAUAGGAAUUGGUGAAAUUAGCGUCGUGGUACCGAUUUGGCUUUCAGAAUGCUCCCCUGCAUCGCAUCGUGGAAGAGACGUGGUGGCCGCUGGGAUAUUCAUGUGUCUCGGCUAUGCCUUGUGCAACUGGAUCGACUACGGGUUCUACAACCUACCCACGUCAACCUUGCAGUGGCGGCUACCACUGGCUGUGUAUAUGCCGCUUUCAUGUCUCAUUCUGGGAGUCAUCAUGUUCAUGCCCGAAUCUCCAAGAUGGCUGGUCCAAGUAAACCAGGCAGAGAAGGCCACCGCCACAUUGAUGGCACUUAAGAAUCGUUCCGAGAUCGACGAAGCCAUCAGCACCGAGAUCGCGCAAAUCGAAUCGUCACUCCAGAAUGCUCGACAGGAGCGAACCUCUCUGAUGAGCUUAUUCUCCAAGAACAAAGAGAAACUUGGUUAUCGCUUUUUUCUGUGUAUAUUUCUACAGUUUGUGCAGCAAAUGUGCGGCGGAAAUCUCAUCUCAACCUACGCAUCGACAAUUUUUCAAGACAACCUCAGCCUUGGCGUAAGCCUUUCUAAGAUUCUGGCAGCGUGUGCUCUGACUUGGAAGUUCCUCAGCUGUUUCGUCAGCUAUAUUGCAAUCGACAGAUGGGGCCGCCGUGCGGUCUUUAUGAUUAGUGGAGCUGGCAUGUCUAUGUGUAUGACCUGUUUGGCUAUUUGUACCAGUUUUCCCUCCUCGUCACACUCGGCCUCGAUCGCUUCAGCUUUUUUCAUCUUUCUUUUCAACUCAUUCUAUCCGAUCGGAUUCCUUGGAGCUAACUUUCUAUACUGUAGUGAGGUUGCGCCUGUUAGGUUGCGAGUGGCUAUGAACUCGGUCUCCACAGCCAACCACUGGCUGUGGAAAUUUCCCUCGAUACCCAUCGUCGUCUUCUUCUUCUAUCCGGAGACCAUGAAUCGCAACCUUGAGGCGCUCAAUAAUACCUUCGUAGAAGCGAGCACGGUCUUCGAGGUGGUUUCGAUGGCUCGCAAGAUGCCUACCCAGGAAAUAGAGGAUAGUUUAUUCGAUGGGAGUGCGCAGGACGGCAAGAAGAAUCUGGAAGAAAAGGAAUACGCAUGA